AACGAUUAAAAGACUUAAAAUCCAUUUUCAUCACUGCAAAAGAUUUUAUCUUUAUUCUGUUUCUCUAUCUGGUUUUCUACAUUUCGUCUCUGUUUUCUUUCAAUUGUUCCGGGAAACAGAUUUCAGGAAAAACCAUGGUGAAAACGGCUUCUUCUCCAGUGACCAUAACCGUUUCGUCGGGAGGCAAAGGAAGUGGGAGUAGAAGCAUGGGUCUAACAAGUCCAGUACCACGAGCUUCGGUAUCGAACAACCCAAAUUCUCCUCUCAGUAGCAGGGCUUCAACCGGCGGUAGACGAACGUCAAGUGCAGGAAGGUACUGCUCCAUGUCAAAGGAUGAAACCUUGGAGGAGGUGAAUUCAGAAUUUGUAACGUACACAGUGCAUAUACCUCCCACGCCAGAUCACCAGUCAAUGUCAGCAUCACAAACAAGCCUCAAUGAAGAUGGUAAGAAAGUGAUGAAGCCUGAAAGGAGUUUCAUUUCUGGUUCUAUUUUUACUGGAGGGUACAACUCGGUGACUCGAGGGCAUGUGAUUGAUUGCUCAUUGGAAAGAACAGAGCCAGUCAAAUCGGGGCUGAUUUGUGGAAUGAAGGGAUGUGAUCAGAGAGCAAUUCAGGGGAAAUGUGAGUGUGGAUUCGGGAUUUGCAGAGAUUGUUACUUGGAUUGUGUGGGGAGUGGAGGAGGGCAUUGUCCUGGAUGCAAAGAACCUUACAAAGAUGUUAGCGAUGGUGAUGAAGAGGAUGAUGAGGGUAAGUCUGAAGCAGAGGACCAAGCUCUGCCUCUGCCUUCAAUGGCUGAUUUCAAGUUGGACAAGAGGCUUUCGCUUGUGAAGUCAUUCAAGGCACAGAACCAUCCCCAGGAUUUUGAUCACACACGGUGGUUGUUUGAGACUAAGGGGACUUAUGGGUAUGGAAAUGCAGUCUGGCCUAAAGAUGGGUAUGAAGUUGGGUCAGGAGUAAACGGGUUCGAGCAUCCACCGGAUUUCGGAGAAAGAAGCAAGAGGCCUUUAACCAGGAAGGUUGGAAUUUCUGCUGCAAUUCUCAGUCCCUACAGAUUGCUUAUUCUUAUACGCCUUGUGGCCCUUGGUUUCUUCCUUACAUGGAGGAUUAGACACCCUAACCAUGAAGCAAUGUGGUUAUGGGGAGUGUCUACAACUUGUGAACUUUGGUUUGCCUUUUCAUGGCUUCUAGAUCAACUUCCUAAGCUCUGCCCUGUAAAUAGAGUAACUGACCUCUCUGUUCUUAAAGAACGUUUUGAGUCACCCAACCUUCGCAACCCAAAAGGAAGAUCAGACCUUCCGGGCAUUGAUGUGUUUGUUUCCACGGCAGACCCUGAAAAGGAACCCCCUCUUGUAACUACAAACACCAUUCUUUCCAUCCUUGCUGUUGAUUACCCUGUGGAAAAGCUUGCCUGUUAUCUUUCUGAUGAUGGUGGGUCUCUUUUGACAUUUGAAGCUCUUGCUGAGACUGCUAGUUUUGCUAGAAUUUGGGUACCAUUUUGUCGAAAACAUAACAUAGAGCCAAGAAAUCCUGAGGCCUAUUUUGGGCAGAAGCGUGAUUUUCUUAAGAACAAAGUGAGGCUUGACUUUGUUAGGGAGAGGAGGAGGGUGAAGAGAGAAUAUGAUGAAUUUAAGGUGAGGAUCAAUUCAUUGCCUGAGUCGAUAAGGCGGAGAUCAGAUGCUUACAAUGCUCAUGAGGAGCUACGAGCAAAGAAGAAACAGAUGGAAAUGGGAGGAAAUCCUUCAGAACACGUAACGGUGCCAAAGGCUACUUGGAUGUCAGAUGGUUCUCAUUGGCCUGGAACAUGGGCUUCUGGAGAAUCUGAUCACGCAAAAGGAGAUCAUGCUGGUAUAAUCCAGGCAAUGCUAGCUCCACCAAAUGCAGAACCAGUUUAUGGUGCAGAAGCAGAUGGGGAGAGCCUGAUUGACACAACAGAAAUUGAUGUAAGAUUGCCGAUGCUAGUUUAUGUUUCACGCGAGAAAAGGCCUGGUUAUGACCACAACAAGAAGGCAGGAGCCAUGAACGCACUGGUCCGAACCAGUGCCAUCAUGUCAAAUGGGCCAUUCAUUCUUAAUCUUGACUGUGAUCACUACAUCUACAACUCCUUGGCUCUAAGGGAAGGAAUGUGCUUUAUGCUGGACAGAGGUGGUGACAGGAUCUGUUAUGUUCAAUUCCCACAGAGGUUCGAGGGUAUUGAUCCAAAUGAUCGUUAUGCCAAUCACAAUACAGUGUUCUUUGAUGUGAGCAUGAGAGCUCUUGAUGGAUUGCAGGGUCCAAUGUAUGUAGGCACAGGCUGCAUUUUCCGAAGAACUGCUAUUUAUGGGUUUAGUCCUCCAAGAGCCACAGAACACCAUGGAUGGUUUGGUAGAAGGAAGAUUAAAUUGUUCUUGAGAAAACCAAAGGUGACAAAGAAAGCUAAGGAUGAGAUAUCAUUGCCAAUCAACGGUGAACAUAAUAACGAUGAUGAUGCUGACAUUGAGUCACUGCUUCUUCCGAAAAGGUUUGGGAAUUCAACUUCUCUGUCUGCAUCAAUCCCAGUUGCAGAGUACCAAGGAAGGCUGCUUCAGGAUUUGCAAGGAAAUGGGAACCAAGGCAGGCCGGCGGGUUCUCUUGCAGUGCCGCGUGAGCCUCUUGAUGCUGCAACUGUUGCUGACGCUAUCAGCGUUAUCUCCUGCUUCUAUGAGGAUAAAACAGAGUGGGGGAAAAGGGUGGGGUGGAUUUACGGUUCUGUUACAGAGGAUGUUGUUACCGGUUACAGAAUGCACAACCGUGGGUGGAGGUCAGUGUAUUGCGUGACCAAGAGAGAUGCAUUCCGAGGGACAGCUCCGAUCAAUUUAACUGACAGGCUCCACCAAGUCCUCCGCUGGGCAACUGGGUCCGUAGAGAUAUUCUUCUCAAGAAACAAUGCACUGUUUGCUAGUCGCCGGCUGAAAUUCUUACAAAGAGUUGCGUAUUUCAACGUCGGAAUGUACCCAUUCACCUCUCUGUUCCUCCUAGUCUACUGCAUCUCACCGGCGGCGUCCCUUUUCUCCGGUCAGUUCAUAGUCCAAUCCCUCAGCGCGACCUUCCUGAUAUACUUGUUGGCCAUCACAAUCACCCUGUGCCUGCUUGCCAUCCUCGAAAUCAGAUGGUCCGGAAUCACUAUCCAUGACUGGUGGCGCAAUGAGCAGUUCUGGUUAAUUGGGGGAACAAGUGCUCAUCCUGCUGCAGUGCUACAAGGACUCCUGAAGGUUAUAGCCGGAGUUGACAUAUCCUUCACUCUAACAUCAAAAUCAUCCACACCAGAAGACGGAGAAGAUGAAUUUGCAGAGCUAUAUGUUGUGAAAUGGAGCUUUCUCAUGGUCCCUCCAAUCACAAUCAUGAUGGUGAACAUGAUUGCCAUUGCAGUAGGCGUAGCAAGAACCAUGUACAGCCCUUUUCCCCAGUGGAGCAAGCUGGUUGGUGGAGUGUUCUUCAGCUUCUGGGUGCUUUGCCAUCUCUACCCAUUUGCAAAGGGAUUAAUGGGAAGGAAAGGGAAGGUCCCAACCAUUGUGUUUGUUUGGUCCGGAUUGAUCUCCAUCAUUGUCUCUCUGCUUUGGGUGUACAUAAACCCCCCAUCUGGAAGUCAGGAUUACAUGAAGUUCCAUUUCCCAUGAUAUCUUCAUUUUUUGUUAUAGACUUGAUCAAUUUCUCAUCCAUGUCUCUAUGAUACAACGAGGUUAUCAAUUCAUUUGGUGAGUAGAAUUAUUUGCCCAAGGGAUGGGGUGAGUUUGGAAUCCCUGAUUAGGCAUUCAAACAAAUGAAUGUGAAGUUCUUCA